AUCCGGCAGCGCGCGAAUACCUCGUUGAUGGCUGACAUCGAGUUCGUUUUCGCUCACUGAAGUUUGAACCCAAGCUCCCGAAAUCACUGAAUCUCCAAAAAGCUAGUGUAAUUCAAUGAAUAGCUUACGUCGAACUUGUAGCUGGCUUCUGUUGCCUGUGGUUGCCAAUAUCAAUAUAAGCACCAAAGCUUCUGUAUCUUCUAAGAUUCAAUGGAGGGCGUAUUUCAGUUUCGGUUCAUCUCCAAUGAGAUUCACAAUCAGAGAAAGCAAAAUUUCUUCCCCAUCUUUCUCCACACCUACUCAGCAUCGAUUCUCUUCAUCGUCUUCAGCGAAAUCAGGGAUUGGAUUUGUUGGGUGGUACCUGAGGAAAGUUGACACUCACCCGUUCAUCACUAAAAGUAUCACUGCUUCGUUGAUUUAUGCGGCUGCUGACCUAACCUCUCAGACGAUUACAUUGUCAUCUUCUGGCUCGUUUGACUUAAUAAGGACAACACGGAUGGCUGCUUACGGAUUGUUGAUAUUGGGGCCAUCACAGCAUUUGUGGUUUAAUUUUAUGUCUACAAUCUCUCCAUCACGAGAUUUGUUUUCAACUUUCAGGAAGAUUUUCCUGGGCCAGGCUGUGUAUGGACCUAUUAUAACCUCUGUUUUCUUCUCCUAUAAUGCAUCUUUGCAAGGUGAAAGUGGCAGCGAGAUUGCUGCUAGAUUAAAGCGCGAUUUGCUUCCAACAUUGUUAAAUGGAGUUUUGUUUUGGCCAGUCUGCGAUUUUCUCACAUACAAAUUUAUCCCCGUUCAUCUACAGCCAUUGGCAAACAGUUCGUUUGCAUAUAUUUGGACCAUUUAUCUGACAUACAUGGCAAGCUUAAAAGCAGUUGAUAUCAAUUGAAGCAGUAGAAGAUUUGAAGACGCUGCCCUUCUGUUUUCAGGAAACAGUUCUUUUAUUCAUCUUCUUAGGCAAAAAAACCCCUGUGAAGCAGUAGGCUUCUCUAGAACAGUGCUUGGUAAGUCCAACUCUUUUACUUGGCUGGAUUUUCUUUAAACAUGAAUAUGAUUCAAAUGUUUCAUUUAUGUGUUAUGCCAAAAGAUGUGUCUAAAUGACUCAAUCUGAUUUUGUAGCUGAAAAUGUGACGGCUCUUUUUGCACCAGCAAUUACUCUUGGCAAUUGAUCUACAUGUUACUUUAAAUAUGACUGCUCCUUUUAUGUUACUUGUGAAUGGCUCCUUAUAAUUCACAUGCAACACUUUAAUUUGGGUAUGCUGCAAGAGAGGCCCUUCAAUUCAAGGACUUCUCUUAACUCGCGUGACGGCCUAGCCUGCAGUGCAUUUGCUGUUUCUUUGGUUAUGUAAUUUUAAUGGCGAUAUGUCAGACUCAUACAGAACCAGCAAUGAAUUUAUAUGUUCUUGGUA